AUGAACAUCUGUGGCGGUGAUUUCGAUCCCGAGACUUCUCCAGUCCUUCCUCCUGGUCAUGGUGGUGACUUUCCUGUCAGCAGCCUUUCUGUAGCAGAGGACACCUAUAGGGUGAGCUUGGCCAAAGGUGUCUCUAUGUCUCUGCCUUCAUCACCCCUGCUGCCUCGCCAGUCUCACUUGGUACAAUCAAGAUCAAACAAGAAAUCUCCAGGUCCUGUCAGGAAGCCUAAGUAUGUGGAAAGCCCCAGAGUGCCUGGAGAUGCAGUUAUAAUCCCCUUCAGAGACGUGUCCAAGCCAACAGAGCCCAAUGAAAAUGAAACAAAGGCCAGUAAUGAACCCAGCUGUUCACCGGCAGCUCAAGAACUGUUGACAAGGCUGGGAUUUUUACUGGGAGAAGGGAUCCCGAGUGCCACACAUAUAACCAUUGAAGAAAAAAAUGAAACCAUGUGCCCAGCUCCUAGCCAAGGCAUCAGUCCUUGCUCCACACUAACAAGCAGUACCGCAUCUCCUAGCACCGAGAGCCCCUGCUCAACCCUGAAUAGCUGUGUCAGCAAGACGGCAGCCAACAAAAGUCCCUGUGAGACCAUUAGCAGCCCUAGUUCCACUCUGGAAAGCAAGGACAGUGGAAUUAUAGCCACGAUUACAAGUUCAUCGGAAAAUGAUGACCGGAGUGGCUCCAGUUUGGAAUGGAAUAAAGAUGGAAGUCUGAGGUUGGGGGUUCAGAAAGGAGUGCUUCAUGAUCGCAGGGCAGAUAAUUGCUCCCCAGUGGCAGAAGAGGAGACCACUGGGUCAGUGGAGAGCUUACUGCCCAAAGCUGAAGCCUCAGCUGGAGAUGGUCCAGUCCCUUAUUCUCAGAGCUCCAGCUCGCUAAUAAUGCCACGACCCAACUCAGUUGCAGCGACAAGCUCAACCAAAUUGGAAGAUCUGAGCUACUUAGAUGGGCAGCGAAAUGCUCCACUUCGAACGUCCAUUAGGUUGCCAUGGCACAAUACAGCAGGAGCACGGUUUGCGCCCUACAAGCCACAAGACAUUUUGUUGAAACCCUUGUUGUUUGAAGUACCAAGUAUUACGACAGACUCUGUGUUUGUGGGGAGGGAUUGGCUCUUUCACCAGAUUGAAGAAAACUUAAGGAACACAGAACUGGCAGAAAAUAGAGGAGCUGUUGUCAUUGGAAAUGUGGGAUUUGGAAAGACGGCAAUCAUUUCUAAGUUGGUGGCACUUAGCUGCCACGGAGGUCGCAUGAGACAGAUCGCAUCCAACAGCCCUAGUUCAUCACCUAAAACUUUAGAUCCCUCCCAAGAUCUUCCUUUCACUCCACUACUUUCACCGAGUUCUUCCUCAAGUAGUACCCACCCAGCUAAAACAACCUCUGGAUCUGCAUCUGGUACGCCUGAAAACCAGAGACCAAGAGAAGAUGCAGUGAAAUACCUCGCUUCUAAGGUCGUGGCCUACCACUACUGCCAGGCUGACAACACAUACACGUGCCUGGUGCCCGAGUUUGUGCACAGCAUCGCAGCAUUGCUCUGCCGCUCCCAUCAGCUGACCGCCUACAGAGACCUCCUCAUCAAAGAGCCCCAACUUCAGAGCAUGCUGAGUCUGCGGUCCUGUGUUCAGGACCCCGUGGCAGCUUUCAAGAGGGGUGUACUGGAGCCACUUACAAACCUGAGACACGAGCAGAAAAUUCCUGAAGAAGAGUACAUUAUUUUGAUAGAUGGCUUAAAUGAAGCUGAAUUUCAUAAACCUGAUUAUGGGGAUACGCUCUCUUCAUUUAUUACCAAAAUUAUUCCUAAAUUUCCUGCCUGGUUGAAGUUGAUUGUGACUGUAAGAGCCAAUUUUCAGGAAAUCAUAAAUGCACUGCCCUUCAUCAGACUUUCCUUAGAUGACUUCCCGGACAACAAAGACAUUCACAGUGACCUGCACGCCUACGUCCAGCACAGGGUCCACAGCAGCCAGGACAUCCUCAGUAACAUCUCUCUGAACGGCAAGGCCGAUGCCGCCCUCAUAGGCAAAGUGAGCAGCCACUUGGUGCUGCGGAGCCUCGGCUCCUACCUGUACCUGAAGCUUACCUUGGACCUCUUCCAGAAGGGACACUUGGUUAUUAAAAGUGCCAGCUACAAGGUCGUCCCUGUGUCUUUGUCUGAGCUGUACCUGCUGCAGUGCAACAUGAAGUUCAUGACCCAGUCUGCCUUCGAACGAGCACUUCCAAUUCUAAACGUAGCCCUGGCCUCUCUCCACCCCAUGACGGACGAGCAGAUUUUCCAGGCCAUUAAUGCUGGCCACAUUCAAGGGGAGCAAGGGUGGGAAGACUUUCAGCAGAGAAUGGCUUCUCUCUCCUGCUUCCUCAUUAAGCGGCGAGACAGAACCCGCAUGUUCUGUCAUCCGUCCUUCCGGGAGUGGCUGGUGUGGAGAGCAGAUGGUGAGAACACAGCCUUCCUGUGUGAGCCCAGGAAUGGGCAUGCUCUGCUGGCAUUCAUGUUCUCUAGACAGGAGGGCAAGCUCAACCGUCAGCAGACCAUGGAACUCGGCCACCACAUCCUCAAGGCACACAUUUUCAAGGGCCUCAGUAAGAAGACAGGAAUCUCGUCCAGUCAUCUUCAAGCACUGUGGAUCGGUUACAGCACUGAGGGGCUGUCUGCUGCCCUUGCCUCUCUCAGGAACCUCUACACUCCCAACGUGAAGGUGAGCCGGCUCCUGAUCUUGGGAGGAGCCAAUGUGAACUACAGAACGGAAGUGCUAAACAACGCCCCGAUCCUCUGUGUCCAGUCUCACCUUGGACACGAGGAAGUUGUCACUCUGCUCCUGGAAUUUGGUGCCUUCCUGGACGGAAUGUCGGAGAAUGGUAUGACGGCUCUCUGCUAUGCGGCAGCUGCCGGCCACAUGAAGCUGGUGUAUCUACUGGCCACAAAGGGGGCAAGGGUGGACCACUUGGAUAAGAAAGGCCAGUGUGCACUAGUGCACAGUGCACUGAGGGGCCAUGGCGACAUUCUCCAGUACCUACUGUCCUGCCAGUGGUCAGAGGCUCCCCAACAGCCAGGCACACUGAGGAAGAGCCAAGCCCUGCAGCAGGCGCUGACGGCGGCCUCCAGCAUGGGCCACAGCUCGGUGGUCCAGUGCUUGCUGGAAAUGGAAGAGGAACAUGAAAUAGAAGUCAACAGCACUGACACAUUGUGGGGAGAAACAGCUCUCACUGCGGCUGCAGGAAGAGGGAAGCUGGAGGUCUGUGAACUGCUGCUGGAGCAUGGAGCUGUCGUAUCUAGGACCAACAGGCGAGGGGUCCCACCUUUGUUUUGUGCAGCACGGCAGGGGCACUGGCAGAUUGUGAGGCUGCUGCUGGAAUGUGGCUGUGAUGUGAACUUGAGUGACAAGCAGGGACGGACGCCCCUCAUGGUGGCCGCAUGUGAAGGGCACUUGAGCACUGUGGAAUUUCUCCUUUCAAAAGGUGCUGACCUUUCUUCUCUGGACAAAGAAGGCCUGUCUGCACUAAGCUGGGCUUGUCUGAAAGGUCACAGAGCAGCGGUCCAGCAUCUUGUUGAAGAAGGAGCCACAAUAGACCAGACAGACAAGAACGGCCGCACCCCUUUGGACCUGGCAGCCUUCUAUGGGGAUGCCGAGACAGUGCUGUACCUGGUGGAGAAGGGCGCUGUGAUUGAACACGUGGACCACAGCGGCAUGCGGCCUCUGGACAGAGCCAUUGGCUGUCGAAACACAUCUGUAGUGGUAGCACUGCUGAGAAAAGGAGCCAAAUUAGGAAAUGCUGCUUGGGCAAUGGCUACUUCCAAACCUGAUAUUUUGAUUAUACUUUUACAAAAAUUAAUGGAAGAAGGAAAUGUGAUGUACAAAAAAGGGAAGAUGAAAGAAGCCACCCAGAGGUACCAGUAUGCCUUAAGGAAGUUUCCUCGAGAAGGAUUCGGAGAGGACAUGAGACCAUUCAAUGAAUUAAGAGUUUCCCUCUAUCUUAAUUUGUCUCGCUGCCGAAGAAAAACAAACGACUUUGGCAUGGCAGAAGAAUUUGCUUCCAAGGCUCUUGAAUUGAAACCCAAGUCCUAUGAAGCCUUUUAUGCCAGGGCAAGAGCUAAGAGAAACAGCAGGCAGUUUGCGGCUGCUCUGGCUGACCUGCGGGAAGCUGUGAAACUCUGUCCCACCAAUCAGGAAAUCAAGAGGCUUCUGGCCCGUGUAGAAGAGGAAUGCAAGCAACUCCCGAGGAGCCAGCAGCUCAAGCCGCAGUGCCCACCACCAGCCCUGCCCACUGAUUCAGAGAAUGAAGAGGACACCUCAGUCUCCGGAUUAGAUGAUCACUUUCAGCUAGAAGAGGCCGAAGAGGACGUAAUUUGUCCACAGGAAGAAGCCAUUUCCCUGACUCCAAGGCCUCAGCCGUCCCCAUCAGCCCCUUCCCCAUAUAUCCGAAACCUUCAGGAAGGCCUACAGUCUAGAAUAAGGCCAGCAUCACCACAGAAUAGGUCAGGACCCAGCAAGCCCCCAAGGGAGCCUGGAGCCCAGCCAGGGUUGGUUACACAGCCCACCAAGCAGGCACAGAUAGUGAAAACCAGCCAGCACCUGGGUUCUGGACAGUCUGGCGUGAGAAACGGUGGCACAAAAAUUCAGGUCUCUCCUCAGAAUCCUCCCCCGAGUCCCAUGCCAAGUAGAAUCUCUGUCACUUCUGCUGGAAACCGAAACCAGCAUUUGGAGGGAACAGGUACUUGUGCCCCGGGAGCUAGCACUGGCCCUUUUGGAGACCGGCUAGGUCCUGGUCACAAUGUCCAGCUGCAGCGCAGUGACAGUGGCACCGCGUACCCUUUGCCAAGCAAGAUAAAAACGGCAGAGAGACUUCUGUUGCAUGCCUCUGUGGCCAUGGAUGUACCCCCUCCAAACCAAGGUGGGCCAGUUAGCUGCAGUGACACACGACACCCAGCUUCCCUCGCAAGCUCCAUCUCUUCAGGUUCUCCAUCUAGCAGCAUAAAGAUGUCAAGUUCAACCAGUAGUUUGACAUCAAGCAGCAGCUUUUCAGAUGGCUUCAAGGUUCAGGGACCAGAUGCUCGAGUGAAAGACAAGGCUGUUAACCAGGUUCAGAGCGGUACAGGUGAGCACAGACCACGCAGUACUCCUUUCAUGGGCAUCAUGGAUAAGACGGCAAGGUUCCAGCAGCAAAGCAAUCCUCCCAACCGCACCUGGCACUGUCAGGUCGCAGAGGGGCUACUGACAAACACAUCUUCUGCAGCUGGUCUGCAGCCCUCAAACUCUGAGAAGCCCUCUUUCAAACCAGGAGGAGGAUAUAACAGCCAAGCCAAAAUCAGUUCUGUUUCUACCCUGGGUGGAAGUGUCCACAAUGGGGCACAGAUGAAGGAACUAGAUGAAAAGAAGUGCCAAAUUCCAGCUCACUGUCCUGAGAGCAGGGCCAAUAAGACUGUUUCUCAUCCAUAUCAGGAAGGCAUCUCCAGACAACAGCCUCACAGCAGCAGUGAAGCCCACAGGAGUCACCUCACGUCAGCGAAACCAAAGCGAUCAUUCAUAGAGUCAAAUGUGUGA